AUGAGCGCGCCAGGCUCUCCACGAGGCGAUACGUUACUUGACGAGAACGACUGGCUCUCGUGGCUACACCAUCACGAUGAUGCCUGGGACAUCAAUCCCGGUCUCAAUGACCCUGUUAGUGGUAAGGUGAAAGCCGCGGCCGAUGUUGCUGAUGCAAGUGUUCUAUCCAAAGACAGCACGUCCCAGCCAGGGUCGCAUCAUUUGCCCGCUGACACACUUGACCCGAUCAAUUGCGUAGCUUCUGGAGACCUCUUAUCAAGUGACCCUCUCGCUGAAGAUGUCUCGUGGCUAUCGUCGAGUGGGUACUAUGGAGCACCAUCGGAUUCCUCCGUGGGGUCUGUAGAUUCACUCACUUCGUCUAUUGCAUCAGCUUCUCGGCUACGAAGAAGACGAAGGCAGACACGCCAGAAUGUGAACACCGCACGGGAGAGGGAGACAACAAAACGACGAUACCAAUGCACCUUUUGUACAGAUGCCUUCAAAACAAAGCAUGACUGGCAAAGGCAUGAGACAACCAUGCACUUAACCCUUGAGCAGUGGAAAUGUUCAAGAUUUGGCCCAAUAAUACAUCAUCCAGACGGUUACGCAUAUUGCAUCUUCUGUAACUGUCCUAAUCCCUCGACAAACCAUCCAGAACUCCAUAACUACUCAGCAUGUGCCGCUCAACCCGACUCCGCACGGCUAUUUCACCGCAAAGACCACUUACGACAACAUCUUCGCCUAUUCCACCAAGGCUGCAACUUCAACGACUCCAUGAAGAGCUGGCUAUCGUCAAUAGAUGAUGUAAGAUCCAGAUGUGGGUUUUGCGAUUCACAACUGGGCACUUGGACGGAAAGGCAGAAACAUCUUGCUGUGCAUUUUCGUGCUGGGGCAGACAUGAGAGAAUGGAAAGGUGACCGCGGUUUCGACCAGCAGAUCGAAGAGCUCGUGGAGAAUGACAUGCCUGCUUUCUUGAUUGGCGAUCAGCGACGGACCAUGGAGCCAUUCUCGGCUUCACGGGUAGAUCACCGUAUCGAUACGUGCGCUUUGAGUCCGUUUAGCACGAAUGAAGCAAGUCCUGGUCAAAACCUGAAAGAGUCAGAGGUUCCUCACUCUCACCAAGAGGUACAGAGGCUGUUGUUACAGUAUGUAUCUACUGAGAUUUCGCAAGGCCAUGUACCAUCAGAUCGCCAGAUACAAAGGAAGAUGAGUGAGAUUAUCUAUGGGCCUGAUAAUUCCUGGGAUUCUACUUGGGCUGAUAAUCCUCAGUGGAUGGAUAUGUUCCGGAAGAAGGCUGGGUUGAUUAGUUUACCUCUCAGUGGAGGGAAGAAUGCAUUCAUUGGGUUUUAG